AUGAGUUACAGACUUCCGGCAUUUGCGGCUGCUGUAUUUACCAUUAUCUGCUCCUACUGCUUCAGAGAGACUAACAGAUUCUCACAUCAUAGAGUAAUACUGUCUGACACAAUUGAUGACGUAUAUGAUUAUGUCAUUGUCGGUGGAGGUUCAGCGGGUUCCGUUUUGGCUUCAAGAUUAUCAGAAGAGAAGUCAAACAAAGUUCUUCUCUUAGAGGCAGAUGGUUUUUAUGACGAAAACCCUAACUUCCAUUCACUAAUAUAUUGGCCGACUCUGCAGAAGACGGAAUUCGACUGGUCUUAUUAUAUCGAACCUCAAAGAAUGUCAUGUCUUGGAAUGAAAGGAAAACGUGGAUACUGGCCACGCGGCAGGGUGCUUGGAGGAUCUGGAAUUUUAAAUGCUGGACAAUAUACGCGUGGCAGUCGAUAUGACUACGAUGAAUGGGCUAAAAAUGGAUGCAAGGGAUGGAGUUACAAUGAUGUGCUGCCGUACUUUUUGAAAUCGGAAGACAUUAAAAAAGAAGAGCUGAAAUCAUCUAAAUACCAUCAUAUUGGUGGGCCAAUGGCGAUAUCUGAAAGCGAUGUAACGCCUUUUGCUGAUCUUUAUCUUAAAGCAGGUAAAGAACUUGGGUAUAACCUCACAGAUUACAAUGGUAAAACACAGGAAGGAUUUAGUAAAACUCAAAUAAAUACCCGAAGAGGCGUAAGAGAUUCUUCCGCAGUCGCUUUCCUUGGCAAUGUCGAAAAGCGAGACAACUUAGAUAUUGCUAUUAAUACUUUUGUCACGAAAGUGGACACAGAAGAGAAAAAGGCAACGGGAGUUUAUUACAUCAGGAAUGGAAGAAAGAAAUAUGUAAAAGCAAACCGUGAGGUAAUACUUUCAUCAGGGGCAAUAAACACACCUCAUUGGCGAAAUCUCAAAGACCAUCAGACAAUUUUCUUGCGAAGUAAAAUCAAUAAAUCUAUAAGUUUAACAGAUUCAGUUUUGGAAAGCUAUAAAACACGUUUGCAAUACAAAUUAUUCGGCACUGGUCCUCUUUCUACUGCCGGUACCGAGGGAACAGCAUUCUUCUAUACAAAUGAAAACAACCGAAGAAAGACUUACGCUGAUAUUCAGGUUUUAUUUGUAAGUCGUUUAUUAACUGUUGGAAAUAAUAAUCAUGAAGAUGCAAUUCAAGAAGAAUACGAUGCAGGUAGCAAAAAUGCUGACGGAUUUACCUGGGUACAAAGUAACACCCAUCCAAAAAGUCGUGGAACUUCAACGCUUCGCAGCAAAGACCCUUUUGAUCAUCCAGUUAUAGAUCCGCAAUAUUUCACUGAUACACGGGACAUGGACGAUUUCAUUUCUGGAAUUCGAAUCUGGGAAAAGUUCCUACAAACACCGACAAUGAAAGGUCUCGGGGUUGAGUCUGAAGAUAUGAAAAUGUCAUUUUGCUCUCAAUUUGAGUUUAGGUCCGAUGAAUAUUGGGAAUGCAUGGUGCGCCAUCUAGCGGUUACAAUAUAUCAUCCUUGCUGCAUGUGCAAAAUGGGGUCUGAAAACGAUGCAAAUGCAGUUGUAGACACAGACUUGCGUGUAAAGGGAAUCAAAGGACUUCGGGUGGUAGAUGCAUCCGUUUUUCCACAAAUCUUAGGUGGAAAUAUAAAUGCCCCAGUAAUAAUGCUCGCAGAAAAGGCCUCUGACAUGAUACGCGGUAUUGAUUCAGUGGAAUCAUUGAGAGAUUCUUUAUCGAAUGGAAUUUGAUAAAGUUUUAAGCAUACAAAACUGUGUAGCUUUCAGAAUAAAGCAAGUUUGAUACGUAUACGAUAAAUUACACAGAACUGUGUUUCUGUAUUAAAAGGUACAUAUCGUUUUCUGCAUUACAUGGAAUGGACUGAAACUUUCAAGGUUUAAUGAAGAAGUCAAGAUCGAAAGAUUUGACAACAAUAAAGCACACAAUGUAACAUAAAAAUGAAAAUCAAGUCCUUCUAGAGAAUUAUUCAAUUUGGAUUUAGAAAAUUCUUGCUUCGACUCAGAUAUUUGCACAUGAUGAAGCUGUAUUAAUGAAAGUCAUCUCCUAAAGUACUUACAUUGCAUAUAGAUUCUAUAGAUUCUAUAUAUACUAUUCAGCAGAUUAAAUACUAACAAAAUCUACAAUGUACUUUGCCAGGU